CCUCCUCCUGUGUGAAUCCGGCUUCGUAAAGAUUAUUGUCGAGUUCAGUGCGCUCGGCGAUGCUGCUGCUGCAUAGAAGUUGGUGUGUGUCGGAAUGUCGUGAAGUGUCUGCACAAAAACGCCGAAAAACUGCCGAAAAAUCGCGUUUAUUGCUUUAAAAACACGUUGUGCGACGGUGUGCAGCGAAAUACGUAACCUUUAAUACAUGAUCAGUGUGUGCAGCUCGCCAGUGAGGUGUUGUUGAAAGAUCUAGUGUGCUGUGGCUGCUUGUGUUGUUUUAGCAUUUUUACAAGAUAAAUCGCUGAUAAGAGGGAGUGUGUGAGAAUAUUGGCACUUUAUCCGAUGCAAAAUGUGAGAAAUAUACAGGCGAGCAGAAUGAAAUAGCAUCAGCUGGUCAAGUCCGCCACUUCAGGCAGGACGUAACAUAACCUCAUAAACUCCAAGACAGGGAAAGAUGGACCUAAAGAUAUACGUAUGGUCUUUAUUUAUUAUGUUCGCCCAACAAGAAGUAAAAGCCGAACAAGUUGUUCUCCUGGAUACCACAGGCGAAGCCACUUUAGACUGGACUCGUUAUCCAUAUGGACCUCAAGCGAAUACACCUGGAUGGGUGGAAGAAUCAUUUACAAACUUCCAAAAGGGCAUAAACUGGAGAUCGUACGUCGUUUGUGACGUCGCUUACAAUAAUGUGAAUAACUGGCUGUGGACACCAUUCAUAGAUCGCGGCGUGGCGAACCGGAUAUACAUCGAAAUUAAAUUCACAAUCAGAGAUUGCAGUCUAUUUCCAGGGAAUGCUCUAUCUUGCAAAGAAACUUUCAGUUUGCUCUACUACGAAUUCGACGCGGCUACGAGAGAACCGCCCCCCUGGGACGCCGAAAGAUAUAAACUAAUAGGUCGCAUAGCGGCCGGCGAAGGCCGCUUCAACUCCAACAGCGAAGUCAACAUCAACACCGAAGUGAAGAGCAUACCCGUGACGAAGAAAGGGGUGUAUUUUGCGUUCCGGGACCAAGGCGCUUGCAUCUCUCUUCUUGCCAUCAAGGUGUACUACAUAACCUGUCCGGAAGUGACUAUCAAUUUCGCUAAAUUUCCUGCCACGCCGACGGGCAAAGAAAUAACAAUAAUAGAACAAGCUACAGGUAGUUGCGUGCCGAACGCGGAAGUGGUCGGCGGGACUCCGACCUAUCUGUGCAAAGGGGAUGGAAAAUGGACACUCCUUUCGGGAGGGUGUAAAUGCAAGGCCGGUUUUCAGCCAGAUGUCGAGAAGCAGUCUUGCAAUGUUUGUGGCCCCGGAACCUACAAAUCAGAAGUGGGGGAUGGACCUUGCAUGUCUUGUCCUGAACAUUCUAUGGGCAACGAUUAUGGUCUCUCGGAAUGUCGUUGUAACAGUGGUUAUUACAGAGCCCCCACCGACCCCAAAAACAUGUCCUGUACACAACCGCCAUCCGCCCCUCAGAACCUCACGGUGAAUUUCGUAGACCAGUCAACAGUAGCACUGAGUUGGACCCCUCCAGAAAACUUGGGAGGACGCAACGAUGUCGUUUAUCGAAUAAAAUGCGACGCUUGCAGCUUAGGUUUAGUGCAAUACAACCCCCACACGGAAACUUUCAACGACACCCGCGUGACGAUCUCUGGCCUAAACGCCGUCACCACUUACCGUUUCCAAAUCUUCGCCGAGAACGGCGUCUCGUUCAUGCGAACAAACCAACAACCGGAGUACGCCGACGUCACGGUGACCACCGAAGCGCUGGUGGCAAGCAGCAUCACGAACGUCCGCGUCACGUCGGUGAUGAGUUCCGAAAUCACGUUAGCUUGGGACGCUCCGUCCACGGACACGGCAAACGAUGUCGAAAACGAUCUAGUCGAAACAUACGAAGUGAGGUGGUUCCCGAGGAGCGACAUGGAGUACAGCAAUUCGUCGAGUUUGCUAACUACGGACCUAUCGGCCACGAUCACAGGCUUGCAGCAGAGGACCGAGUACGGACUGCAAGUGAGGGCGAAAACCCAAAGAGGCUGGGGAGCUUACUCUCCGGUUAUUUUCAAGACGACGGGGCAAGUGCUCAACACGGCGUAUGUUGGUGACGAAGAAGGUAUCCGGUUACAGUUAGUAGCUGGUUCCAUCGUUGUGGUGGUUGUUGUCUUGGUGGUAAUUAUCGUCUUCACGGUUAUGUUUCUGAGGUCCAGAUCGAACGAUGAAUGUAACAAAAAACAGCCUAGCGAUUGUGAUACACUGGAAUAUCGCAACGGCGAAGUUCAUCAUAGUUUGGACAACCCUCCUAUUGUUGCAACUCAUACAAAUGUGACGACUCCUCUGUUUACUGGAAUCAGUGGUUCGUCAAGAACGUAUAUAGAUCCACAUACGUACGAAGAUCCAAACCAGGCCGUAAGAGAAUUUGCAAGAGAAAUAGACGCGAGUUGUAUCACGAUAGAAGCCAUAAUAGGCGGCGGGGAAUUCGGCGACGUGUGCAAGGGCAAACUCAAAACCAACGGUAUCGACAUCGACGUGGCCAUAAAAACCCUCAAAGCCGGUUCACUCGACAAGGCCCGCAACGACUUCCUUACCGAAGCGUCCAUCAUGGGCCAGUUCGAGCACCCCAACGUCAUCUUCCUGCAGGGCGUCGUCACUAAGUCCAACCCCGUCAUGAUCAUCACCGAGUACAUGGAGAACGGCUCCCUCGACACGUUCCUUCGCGCCAACGACGGCAAGUUCCAGGUGAUCCAGCUCGUGGGAAUGUUGCGGGGCAUCGCAUCCGGCAUGCAAUACCUCAGCGAGAUGAACUACGUGCACCGGGACCUGGCGGCGAGGAACGUCCUCGUCAAUUCGCAGCUGGUGUGCAAGAUCGCCGACUUCGGCCUGAGCAGGGAAAUCGAGAGCGCGACGGAGGGCGCGUACACGACGCGGGGCGGCAAGAUACCGGUGAGGUGGACGGCGCCGGAGGCGAUCGCCUUCAGGAAGUUCACGUCGGCGAGUGACGUGUGGUCGAUGGGUAUCGUGUGUUGGGAGGUGAUGUCGUAUGGUGAAAGACCCUAUUGGAAUUGGUCGAAUCAGGACGUCAUCAAGAGUAUAGAGAAAGGAUAUAGACUGCCGGCACCAAUGGACUGUCCGGAGGCAAUCUACCAACUCAUGUUGGACUGUUGGCAAAAGGAACGUACUCACAGGCCUACAUUCCAAUCGAUCGUUAAAACGUUAGAUAAAUUAAUUCGGGUACCAGACACCUUAAGAAAAAUAGCACAGAAUCGCCCUCCGCCGCCACCAUUUAAUCCAUAUAUUUGGCAAGAUAUACAUCGUUCAUCAGAACUGCCCAUAAGGGAGCAAAAUUCUUGUUUCUUCGGCGAUUACGGAUUGCCAGACGUAAUUCUUUUGCAGAAUUAUGAAAUGAGUAAUCCAUAUUGCGGUUCUCUUUUAAAUUUCAAUCAGUGGCCGUCACAAGAACGCUUUAACGCUUUCGAACUGAAUACGAUUUACGGCUCCAAUUUCGGCAGUUCUGACCAUAUGUGUUCAUAUAAGGAAGACACUGAUUUAUCACCACACACGUACACUAAAAGGGGCGCUUGGGUCACUUUUAACAACAUUUCGACAAAUCCCCUAUCAGCUGAUGCACCCGACUUAACGAACUUCACGUCAGUAGAAGAAUGGUUGAAUUCCAUCAAAAUGACCAGAUACCUAGAAAAUUUUCAUGCCGGAGGGAUUAACACCAUGGAUGCUGUUGUAAACUUAACAGUGAAAGAAUUAACUGAGCUGGGCAUCACGUUGGUUGGCCAUCAAAAGAAAAUUAUGAACAGCGUGCAAAAUAUAAGGGCGCAAAUUAGGGUUAAUGGCUCAGAGGGGUUCUUAGUGUGAAAUGACUAAAAGACGUUUUAAAGGUGUCUAAACGAACGUGUACAAGACUAAGUGAAAAUUUUAUAUAAUUUUUUUUACGAUACGUAUGUGUUAAUAUUGUGGCAGCUUGACGUUAUUUAUUGAUAAAUCAAAAAAUACUGUUGUGAUUUUUUUUUAGUAAAUUUUACGUAUUCUUUUUUAUAUUGUACAAACUUUUUUUAUAUUUAUAGUACUAUUUUUUUUAUAUAUACUUAAUUCGUGUUCUGUGGCAACGAUUUUGGAUAAUUUGACAAGAUAAUCACAAAACAAGGGACAACACCAAUAAUUUUAUUAUACGUUAUUACUGUAAAUCAAAAACGACAUGAUAUAGAUACUCUAUUUUCUACAUAUCAGUUUUGCGUUGAACUGACUUAUUUAAUUGUGUUCAAUUACUUUUAAAUGAUAUUGAAUGUAAAAAAUGUCCGUAGCUUAAAAACUGUAUCAAAGACUGUUGUCUCAUAAUAAUUCUAAACAAUUAUCUCGAACAAAAAAAGAGGAAUAUAGCAAUAAUAAAUAAAUGUUUUUUGCUAAAAGUUGUUCGUUUUAACAAUAGGCAAAUUACAAAAUGUACUUAAUUUUAUACUGCUCAAAUGUUUUAUAUAAAAGAAUCGCCUAAUUGUAUUUACUGUUUAUUUUUUUACUUAAUGAACGAAGGAAUGUUCCAGUGUCGGCGGAAGAUCUCAACUUGGGGAACAUUCUUUUGUUCAGACGUUAAGUUAAUUGAAUAAAAACGAAGAAAUGUUUGACUGAUAGUUUUGUCUCAUCUAGCGCUAUUGGAGUAUAUUUAUUAAUCUACUAUGUAACUAACUACACAUUCCAUUUGUAUUUUUAUAGAAAUAUUCUUUCCUGAUAUUGUUUAUAUUUUGAUUUUUUCAUUACCGACAAUAAUGACAUCUGUUCUUUGAGUUGAAUGUGGUUAGAAAGUCUCAUUUCAUGUUAUAGUGGUCCUUUACUUUCAGCUCUAAAACUAAGUAAAGCCUAAGUGUAUGUAUGUGACGCGAAUGUUGAUGAAAUACUUUUUGUGGUAUAUAAUUUUAUUUCAAGUUAUGGAAGUUUAAUAUUUCUAUAUUAAUCUGUCAUUGUAAAUUGUAAUAUAUUUGUAAUAUAUCUAUAAGUUUAACAAUUCAAUAUAAAAUGAUAGCUUA